AUGGAUUUCAUGAGUUUCACGAAGGGGAACACUAAACAAUCAGGAUCUGGAGGCGGAUCACAGGAUGGACUACCUUGGGCUGUGAAGAAGAUCAAACUCCCGGAGUUCUGUGGAUUCAAUCCCAGGGGUGGAUUCAAAAAGCCAACCUCUACUUCGAAAUUAAUGUUUCACGGUGAGCUGCUCCAACGUUUUAGUGGUUUGGAAAUUCAAAAUCCAUAUGAACAAUUAUCAACGAUCAAACAAGGGGCAUCAAUUUAUGAUUAUAUCGAUGACUUUGAGUAUUUGAUAUCGUUGGUUUCCAAACUACCGGAAUCGCAGUCGUUAGGGUAUUUUAUUGUUGGAUUGAAAGAUGAGGUCAAGCGUUGGAAACUAGGGUGUUACAAUAAGUGUCCGGAGGGUCAGCUUCGCAUUUUGUUAUUGGGCGACGAUGAAUCAGGCGACGAGGAUGGGUUGAUUACCAACCUCGAAGCUGACAUAUAUUCGGCAUCCCCACCUGAGGAUGCAAAUUCCGCAAGUUUGUGUUUGGCACUUGAAUUUCUCGGGGUUUUGGCUGAAUAUCCCCAUAUUCAGAAAUCUGAGAUCAAAAGACAAGUUCAAGAGCUAUUAAAAUUGGCAAUGAUUCGGCCGAGUAAGAGUUCUUUUUCGAGUCCAGUCAUCCUUGUCCGCAUGAAGGAUAACUCUUGGCGUAUGUGUGUCGAUUAUAGAGCCCUUAACAAGAUGACUAUUCCGGAUAAAUUCCCAAUUCCAGUGGUUGAGGAACUAAUUGAUGAGCUUAAGGGAACCAAAUUCUUUUCCAAAUUGGAUUUCAAAUCCGGCUACAAUCAAAUCCGGCUACAAUCAAAUCCGAAUGGAGCCGACGAGUAUUGA